AUGGCGCCUCUCAAUCUGCUCACAGUCGUCAGUGCCUCGUUCCUCGUCCUGGCCAAAGCAUCGGCAGAACAAAAAACUUCAAGAACAGGGGCUACAGCACAGUUCCAGAGCGGCACAUACGCAUACCAUCCCGUUGAGAAUCCAGAUAACGUCGACUGCAAGGCCGUUGUGGAUAAGUGGAAGGGCGCCUACAGCAACUUUGAUGGAUUGCCUCCGGCUAACAAGGAAGAAGAGGAUCUUUACGACAAUCAGGAGAACGUGUCUUUCGUGGCCCUGUACAACCCUACAGAGAAAGCUACUGCAGACUGCCGUGUCGUCACCUGCACUAAAACGACCCAGGGAGCGGAAGCGGGCGGCGGAGGAGGCCGCGCGGAACAAAACACUGAAACAAAAGCCUCGGCUUUGAUUUGCAUGACUGUGCCGGAUGUACUUGCCGAGGGAGGCGAUGCCCCUUUCACAGAGGAUCAAUGGGGACAGAUCGUGACCGCUCUUGAAGGCUCUGCGUCGGCGGUUGCACCUGGUGUGGUCGGUCUUGCAUUAGCUAUCCUUGGCCUCAGCUUGCUGUGA